AUGUCCAGAUGGAGAGAUUGUCUAGAAGGACAUAUACUGAUAGGUCUACUAGCCAGCACGAUAAGCUGGGUUUUGCUAACCCUAGUAACCUUCUCCACACCAUAUAUCAAGUCGAUUUAUUUCCUUACAGUCCCCACACCCGAAUUGUAUUUUGGUACUUAUGGUUAUUGCCCGUCGGAUACAUCGGGACCAGAGGAUUGUGUAGGACCGCAAUUGGGGUAUGAGAGACCGGGAGGGGAGAUUACGGAGUGGUUGACUAGGACGAUGAUUCUCUUCGGACUGGCCGCACUGUUCAUGCUCCUAGCAUGGAUAACCUUGAUCCUCAGCUUAUUGAGAGUAGGCAAAUUCAUGUGGAAUCCGGUGUAUUUCAGGACGACAGCUCUCCUCGGCUCGUUCAUGGCCAUCCUCGCUGAAAGUUUCGCUUUAUCUCUAUUCGUGAUUGCUCGAAGAAAGUAUGACGAUCAAGGUAUCAGAGCAAAGUACGGUGCAGCAUUGUGGUUGGGUCUGGUAGGUGCGAUAAGUGCUUUCUUAGGCGCUGCGAUUGGUGGUCCAGCUUAUCAGGGGAAUUAUAUGUAUAGAGCGGAUAGGAGACAGGCUUAUAAUGUUUGA